GCUGAGGACCGGAAGCUGCGAAUUUGAAUCUAAGCGCCGUUAUAAAGUAACAAAAGGGGGAGAAGAAGAGCCGGUUUAAACGUCUCAUACAAGUGAUGGGGAAGACGGUCCGACGGAAGUUUUCCAAAUCAGAUGCUGCAGUUAAUUUUGCCACAAAUGCAAAACAGAAGCUGGAACAGGGACAAAAUCCUUUAGCUUGUGCAUUUUGUCGACGGAGUGAUGACUGUCCUGAAAAAUAUGGUGAGAAGAAAACCUAUGAUAAUGGGAUAACUCUGCAUUACUAUUGUUUGAUUAUGUCAAGUGGCUUGUAUCAACGUGGGCAAGAAAAUGAAGGAAUUUAUGGGUUCCUGGCAGCAGAUAUCAAAAAGGAGAUAAAGAGAGCUUCAAGAAUAAGAUGCCGAGCGUGCAGGAGAUGUGGUGCAUCAAUAGGCUGUGCUGUUGCGAAAUGUCGGAGGAGCUAUCAUUUUCCUUGUGGUGUGGAGAAACGGUGUAUUUUCCAGUUUACUGGACAGUUUGCGUCUUACUGUUGGGACCACAGACCUGUGCAAAAGGUGCCAGCUGUAUGGUCAGGUAGUUCUUAUACAUGUGCUAUCUGUUUAGAAUCCAUUGACCCAGUCCCAUCAUAUGAGGUUUUGAAGAGCCCAUGUUGUAAAAACACAUGGUUUCACAGGCAAUGUUUGCAGUAUCAGUCACUGAGUGCUGGGAUGUUCUUCUUCAAGUGCACUAUAUGCAAUAAUAAAGAUGAAUUCCAGAAAGAGAUGUUACGAAUGGGAAUCCAUGUUCCAGAAAAGGAUGCAUCCUGGGAACUUGAAGAGAAUGCGUUUCAAGAAUUAUUACAUCGUUACCAGCGAUGUGAUGCAAAAAGAUGUCUCUGUAAAAAGGGAAGAGAAUAUGUUGAAUCUGACAGUAAAUGGGACAUCGUACUCUGUAAGUACUGUGGCUCCAGUGGAACUCAUUUGGCAUGUUCAUUGUUGGCAAUCUGCAUGGAAAAUUGGGAAUGCCCAGAUUGUAGAGAUAUUGUGUAUAAAUCAGAUAAGUUAAGAAAAAGACUUAGCAAAGCGAGAAAAUCACCAAAAAGGAAAUUUGCAGAUAAUCAAGGAAAACUGCACUCCCCUUCUAAAUGCCGUAAAUUAUCGAGUGAAACUCUGAAAGAGUGCAAAAACUGCCAAAUAUUUACGUCAAAAUCCCAUACAGACAUUUUGAAAGACUUAAGGUCACAAAUCAAAUUGAAUGUCAUCUCAAGAAUUUAUGUUGACAGAACAAAUGUCUGGGAAGGAGCUCUGAGAGAGAUGAGGCGCAAGGCAUUCAGCCCCUCCAGCACAAUUUGCAUUCAAUUUUCAGAUACUGCUAGAAAACUUCAAGUUGGUGACCUGGGAAAUUCCUGUCAUGAAUUUUUUCAUUUGCUGAUGCAUCAUCUUGCGCAUUCACUUUUGUUUGAAGGCUCUGCUACCUCAAAGAACAUAACUCUAAACUCUCGAGCACUUAGAUGUGAUUGGUAUUAUGAAGCAGGACGGAUGAUUGCAAUCUCACUAGUUCAUGGUGGUCCAUCACCAAGCUUCUUCUCCAGAACUCUGUUUAGCUGUCUGGCCUAUGGUCCAGAGGUAACUGAACCAACUGUGGAAGACGUCACACAUGUUGAUGUAACACAAAAGAUUAAAAAGAUAAAAGAAUCUUCAACCUUGGAAGAAUUGAAAUUAUCUGUCAAGGAAAAUGCUGACUACCUUUCAGUUGCUGGAUGUUUAAGAUCAGUAUGGUCAUUGGAUGAUAAAGAAAUGUUGGUGAAGGAUAUGUUGACCUUCCAUGUGAUCAGUCGAGUUCGCUCACCUUUUGAAAGGUUCCGUGAAGGAUUAAAGGUUCUUGGUGUGUUAGAAAGGAUUCAGAAAUAUCCAGAAGUAUUUGCUGAGCUGCUGUGUUACAAACCCAUCAAGUUAACAGCAGAGACAUUUGGAAAGCUUUUCUCCAUCGAAUUUUCACCAGAUGAAAGUAGCAGAAGGAUUGCAGAAUCUAAAGUGAUCGGUUUCUGGAGAGAUUACUUGGCAGAUGUGGAAGAUGGAACAACUAAAGCUGCUUUUGAAGAAAUCUUGACAUUUACAACUGGCACAAUCAUCAAUCCAGCAAUCAGCUUUCUUCCUGACCUCUCAAUUAAAUUCUUGCAUAGUGAUGGAAUAAUUCAGUACCGUUUUCCAACAGCACAAACGUGUCUAAAUUGUUUGAAACUACCCAUGUCAAAAACGUAUGAAGAAUUUAAAGGAUGUAUGGAUUUUGCUAUCUGCAAUACACCUUGAUAUAAAAAGAAUUUAAUUCAGUAAAGGUUUUCAAGCCUUGUAUGUUAGUACAUUGCGAUUUUCUUUGUGUCUUGGUUGUUAAUGUACAUUUAUUUAGCAAAACCUUGCAAAAUAACACUUACUGCAACCACAUCAUUAAAAAUGAAAAGAAGUGAUGAUUGCUCUUCAGAAAGCUCUUUAUGGAUGGAGGAUCAUGAUUUUACUACUACAUAUGUGGGAAGAAAGCAGGAACUAAUGAGAACUGCCAUGUUAAUUUUCUACUCUCCCAGCACAUUGAUACAUUUCAUUGUUAGGAGAGACACAGAUAUACAUUGGCAUGUUCCGUUAUUUUUGUCAUCUUGGUUUCAUCAGUGAAUAGGACUCUAAGAAAGGAAACUCUGUCUUCAGUUGGAGAACUCUUUACCUGGCUGGUUAAAAAGUAUUGAGGCUUGGUAACAAUUCUGUUGUGUUUUUUGUAAAUGUGGUCUAGUAAGGGGAAGAUAAAAGCAGAGGUGAUUAAAAAUUUCUGUUUCUUUGUUUCCCCUGGUCGUCGUCUUAUCCAUAAGAAGGGAUUUUGUAUUUUUUUGUUUUGAUUAGUUAGUUACAUGAGCUUAUGAAAUUGCUUGAUUUGUUAAUUGAAAGUUUUUAAAAGUCUUUGUAAGAAAUCCAACAUGUACAAGCAAUAAAUUUAUAAACUAUGUCCUGUUAAGAGUAUAUAUUGUCAGCACAUCGCUCAAGAUGACGCAAUUUUUGGAGAAAUUCAAUUGAAUAAUUUCUGAAUUUUUAAAACUUUUUUAUGAUUAGAAUUUGCCAAAGUAAUAGUUUGAAUUGCUUGAAGCACGUCAGGUUUGUCUUGAGUUUACUUUCUAAAAUAGGAAUCUGUGUUUGUUUUUUUAAUUUUGCUUGUACUUUCUUUUAACUUAUCCUUUAAUUUUUCUUAUUGUUGCCUGGUAAAGUAUGUAUUCUAUAUUUUAAUAUUCCUAACCUCAUAACUGUCAUGAUAGAUUAUACUUACAAAUUACUUUGUAUUGGUAAUGCAUUCAAUUUUUCUUCCCAAAAAAGUCUUUUCUAAAAGUUGUUUAGAAAUUAUUACAUAGUUAAGAUUAUUCAUUUGCAAUAAAAAUAAAUAAAUGCUUUAACAGUAUUAAGAGAAUAAAAAUAGCUUGGUGUUGGCAGCAUAAGGGCUCAUUAGGUGCCAAUAUUGUAAAAAUAUUUGUUCUUUUCACUUCUAUGAAAAUCACUGCUUCACAUGUUGCACGUUCUUCCUUGCACUGCACUGGCCUGUUAUAUCCUAUCCAAUUUAUUACUAGUUGCGCUUUGAACACUGAUUUCUGGCUUUAGUGAAAGCAGUGGAUCAAUUAUUGCUAUAAAUCUGUUUAGGUUUGGAAUAAAAUUCAUAUAGAAUGCCACUGGUCAAAUCUAUAUUUGCACUUCUGCCAUUUUUUAUUUGCACCGCAUAACAUUUUACAAUGGAAAAUAAUUUUGGAACUAAAUUUAUGUACAACGAAUAUAGUUCAUUGUAUAUUUGAGCAAAAUUUCUAGUAAUAAAAUGCAACAAACGGACAAUGUUGAGGUAGCAUUUCAGAUGAAAAUUGCAGGACUCCAAAGGAAAGGAGGUGUUUUGUAAGAAAAGCAUGCCUUUCAGUACAAAGAAGACUAAUGCUAGUGAAGUAAUUCACAUAGAGGAGAGUAUGAUAACUGUGUACAAAUUAAGGAUUGUACGAACAAAUACUGUUUGUGAAUAAAUAAACAAUUGCAUUUGCACUAGCUACUUGUCCUAAAUAAGCUUCACAUAGUUUUCUUUUACUGCAGAGCUGAGUAUGAAUACCUAUUAUUAAUGCAUAAGAUAUAUGAAUGACACAGAAAUAUAGAAUUGACGUGUUUUGAUCUGGUUACUUGUGACAGUUAAACAGAAUGUG